AUGGAAGAACUUCCACGUGCAACAGAUAACGCUGACCGCAUGACAGAGGAACUUGCCAGCAGAGACAUGACUACGGUUUCCCGCACCAACAGCACUGAAGAUGACUCGGGUCAUGAUGAUGAUGAGUUGGCGUGCCCUGAGCCUAAACACCCUAUUUUCGACCAUCCAGCUUACAUCAACAACUCACCCUACCCACCCGUGGUUAAAGGCUACACUAGUGAAGCAUCCGCAGAUGAUGUCUGGAAAUGGCUAGACGUUGCAGCGCGAAGGCAGUUCUUUGCGCACGUGAAGCUACCGGUAACAUCUGCUAUUGUAUGUGAUCGCAAGAUCUCGAUCAUUCCACUGGCAUGUUGCCAUUCAGGCUGUGAGUAUCGCGUGAGUAUUUUAGAACACAGUGCAGACAGGGCAGAGGUCGCAUACAAUGAGUUGAAGAUCCUCAAGGCCAUGGACAAACAUCAGCACAAGCCACGCGAUAUCAUCGAGGAAGAGGAGACAUUCAGUUUGAUCGAAAAUUGUGAGAAGAAACGACGGGCAGCGAGGGAGUUUCAUGAUUACGCGACACUGCCUCCCUCUGACCCCACAUCCAUGAAAUGGCUGGUCUGGGAUGGAAUGAAUGACUGGGCUGAGCGUCGUGGGUUUGGUUACAUUGAGAGCUCAAAUGGUGGGACAAGGCCAAAUAUGAAAACACUCUACACCUUCCGAUGCGUAUUUGAUCGCUGCCCUCACAGAGUCAAUGUGUGUCACGAUGGGAAAAGAGAAAUUUGGUACGUGAGACCACCAGAAGAACUGCGUGGUCAUGAGGGACACAAGAUGCAUGCGGUCGAGCCGUACUGCAAUGAGGAUGGCUACGAUGUUAACUUCGAAGGGAUGUCCAACGAAGAAAUGGUGAACUCGGAACUCCGACAAGAGGAUAUGAUAUCUCGUGCUCGGGCUCGUGCAAGUAUUGACGCCGGGGUUGCAGCGAGCUAUCUACCUCAGCUGGAUACAUUUGAUAGCCUGGAGCUAUUGGAAGCUUACAUUGAUAUCUUCAGUGCAUCGUACAAGAGACAGGGCAACCCUUCGCCUUUCAAAUGGAAAAGGACCUCUACCCAUCGGUAUCCACCUCUUGGUCUUACGGUCGAAGCUGAGGAAUCUGAGGAGCCUGUGCCCAAACGACGGAGAUCUAACAGAGAUAGCAAUGGCAAUAGAACUGGCAAGCCUUCCACACCUGUCAAAGCGAAGAAAAUGGCUCCUGCUAAGAGAAUGUCUUCUAUUCACUACAGUUGCAGGAAAAAGUCAGUAGACGGAGUUCCCUGUCCUCUUGCUAUCAUUGCGGGCGAAACUCCCUGUGGUAAAUGGGAGCUGAGAUUUACGCGAACUAUGGAUGACCAUAACCAUUAA